UAUACAGUGGUAUAGUAGCAUUUUCUGUGUUGUUUUGUAUGCUUUUCCUACUAAUUCCUAGAUGACUAACAUCCUAGUGACUGGCAGGGGUCUGUGCACAGGCAGCUGCCUGGGUUAACCAACCUGACACAGCCAGCAUCACCAAAUCAGCCUUGCAGCACUGAAACCCUUCUGCAGGUCUGGAACAUACUUCAGAGUGAAGUAUGAGUAAUUCUGAGUUUAACAGGACUUUCUUAUCUAGAGCAUGAAAGAAAGUCUAUGUGAUGUGUCAGGAGCAGAGGUAAAGGGGAGAAGUCUGCAUGUCUUUCUUUGGCAUUUGUUUUCUCCUGGAAGCACUUCUUCCAUGAACAUCUUUGGUCUCUGGGACAAAGGAUAUUUGGUGAGAGGCAAGGAGAGCAGGCAGACCUCUGCCACUGAAACACUACUGUCACUGAAGCUGUGAUUUUUUUUGUAUCCAGGAUAGUGAAUCAUACAGUUUUACCAUCCAUCUGUUGAAGGUGUUUUGUAGGCUUUUCAUGAGGAGCAGGACUGAGAUUUUCAUACCUGUGCAAGAGAUCUUCUCCUCCAGUAACUCAGGCUCUGCUUGAUAUGUGCCUGCCUGGGAGCACCGAGCUGUUAUUGCCAGAGAUGUCUGGAAGAGACAUGGCCAAACCCCUCCUGGGCCAUCAGACCACGGAAGGUGAACCCAGCACCACACCUGCGGCCGGCCGCACCAUUGGGGUGCUGGGGAGUGGGGACUUUGCGCGGUCAUUGGCCAUCCGCCUGUUGUGCUCUGGGUUCAAGGUGGUGGUUGGCAGCCGCAACCCAAGGCGAAAAGCUGGCCUCUUCCCUUCCGCAGCAGAAGUUACCUUGCAGGCUGAGGCGGUGAAGAAGACGGAUGUCAUUUUUGUGGCAGUUUUCAGGGAACAUUACUCCACCCUCUGUGACCUGGCUGAUGUGCUGGUGGGCAAGAUCCUGGUGGACGUUAGCAACAACACUGAGAUCAACCAUCGCAAAGAAUCCAAUGCCGAGUACUUGGCUUCCCUGUUCCCAGCCUGCACUGUGGUCAAGGGAUUUAAUGUGGUUUCUGCAUGGACACUGCAGUCAGGUGCCAGGGAUGGAAAUAAGCAGGUUCUAAUUUGCUCAAAUAACCAAGAAGCCAAGCGCACCGUAGCAGAAAUUGCUCAAGUCAUGGGAUUCACCCCUGUAGAUAUGGGCUGCAUGUCAUCAGCCUCUGAGAUCGAGAACAUUCCACUGCGCCUCUUGCCAGCCUGGAAAAUCCCCAUCUUUUUGGCUCUGGGGCUUUUUAUUUGCUUCUUCACUUACAACCUGAUCCGGCAGGUCAUCCACCCUUACAUCAGGGAGCAGAAGAACAAGUUAUACAAGAUCCCCAUCGAGGUGGUCAACACAACACUGCCUUGUGUGGCCUACGUCAUGCUGUCUCUUGUCUACCUGCCUGGGGUGCUGGCAGCCUGCUCACAGCUCUAUUAUGGUACCAAAUACAGGCGCUUUCCAGAUUGGCUCGACCAGUGGCUCCAGCACCGAAAGCAAAUUGGUCUCCUCAGCUUCUUCUGUGCAGCUUUGCAUGCUGUGUACAGCUUCUGUCUGCCCAUGCGCCGCUCCCACCGCUACCAGUUAAUUGAGACAGCCGUCAAGCAGGCUGUGGAGAAGAAGAUGAAUAUCUGGGUAGAGGAGGAAGUCUGGAGGAUGGAGAUUUAUAUCUCUGUUGGAAUAAUUGCCCUGGGCUUGCUGUCGUUGCUUGCCAUCACUUCACUUCCAUCCAUCGCGAACUCUCUUAACUGGAGAGAAUUCAGUUUCAUUCAGUCCACCCUUGGAUUUAUUGCCUUGGUAAUCAGCACUCUGCACACACUCACAUACGGAUGGUCGAGGGCCUUCGAUGAGAACCAGUACAAAUUCUACCUGCCUCCAACCUACACGCUCACGCUGCUUGUCCCAUGUACUGUGAUUCUAGCAAAAGUCAUCUUCAAUUUGCCCUGCAUCCAGCAAAGACUUCAGCGAAUCAGGAGGGGCUGGGAGAAGGGGAGAUACGUGAAGUUUGUUCUGCCCAGCGCAACAGGGGAAUAUUCAAGUGGGGAGACCUCUAGCAAUGUCUAACGGAGCCCUGGCUAUGACAGAGGAUUACAAAGCACUAUCAACAUUUCUAUAAAGAUGUUUCUUUUUUUU